AUGACAGAUUCCAACAACACCUACACUUCUUUCUUCCUCACAGGACUCCCAGGUCUGGAGGCCAUGCACGCCUGGCUCUCCAUCCCGCUUUGUGCCAUGUAUGUGGCUUCCCUGGCAGGCAACAGCCUGAUCCUGUGGGUUGUGCACUCGGAGCCCUCGUUGCACCAGCCCAUGUACUACUUCCUGUCCAUGCUAGCGGUGACAGACCUGGGGCUGUCUGCCUCCACGUUGCCCACCAUGCUCGCCAUUUAUGCCCUGGGACUCAGGGAGGUGGCGGUGGGUGCGUGCCUGGCACAGCUCUUCUUCAUCCACACCUUCUCCAUCAUGGAGUCCUCUGUACUGCUGACCAUGGCCUUGGACCGCUUCUUGGCCAUCAGCAAACCCCUUCGCUAUGGCGCCAUCCUCACUAAUCCCAGGAUCGCCUGGUUGGGCUUGGCUAUCCUAGUGCGCAGCAUCAGCCUCCACGUCCCGGCCCCCAUCAUGCUGCAGCAGCUCCCGUUCUGCCAGAACCGCCUACUGUCCCACUCCUACUGCCUACACCCCGACGUCAUGAAGCUGGCCUGUGCCGACACUCACAUCAACAGUGCCUACGGCCUGUUCGUGGUUCUCUCCACGCUGGGGCUGGACUCGGUGCUCAUCGUUCUCUCCUACGGGCUGAUCCUCUAUACCGUGCUGUCCAUCGCCUCCAGGGCCGAGCGCCUCAAAGCCCUGAACACGUGUGUCUCCCACAUCUGUUCUGUACUGCUCUUCUAUACACCUAUGAUUGGCCUGUCCAUGAUCCACCGAUUUGGGAAGUGGGCUUCCCCGUGUAGCCGUGUGCUGCUCUCCUAUCUUCACUUUCUUACACCUCCUGUGCUCAAUCCAGUCGUUUACACCAUCAAGACCAAGCAGAUCCGGCUAAGGAUGCUCCGCCUUUUUCAAAAGCGUGGGACAGGUAGUAGUGACACCCAGGGUCAUUAA